AAAUCACAGAUAAAUCACAACAAACACUACUCGACCCCCGAGGAGGAAGAGCAGCGAAAACUUAAUUUCUUGAAUUCCCUGCAAAUCGUCGAAAAACACAAUGAAUUGUAUAAAAAGGGCGAAAAAUCGUACGAAUUGGGUAUCAAUCUGUUCUCAGACCUGAGCGCUGAUGAGUACAGAGCAAUGUUCCGUAUGCCUGACCCCACUGUCCGAAAGCCAGAGUCGGCUCCGGCAUUCAUCGCCAACCUCACUGUUGCCGCCCCUCAGAGCUUUGAUUGGCGCCAACAGGGAAAGGUGACCCCCAUUAAGAACCAGGGUGGUUGCGGAUCGUGCUGGUCAUUCAGUGUGGUGGGUGCCAUAGAGUCGUUGUACGCCAUCAAACACAACCAAAACCUGGACCUCUCAGAGGAACAAAUGGUGGACUGUAUGAACAGUAAGUGCGGCGGGGAAUGGAUAUACGACGGCUACAAAUACGUGAUCGCCAACGGUUUGGAGACCGAGUCGGUCUACCCGUACACCGCCGGUUCCGGUAAAUACAACGCGUGCAAAGAGCAGAAGUCCUCCCCUCACACCCACAUCAGUAGCUACCAGUCCCUCGGCAAAGGUAUCUCAGAGGCCCAUGCGUUGGCCACCGACGCCGAGAUCAUGGCAGCCGUUCAGAUCCAACCCGUGUCGAUGAUGUUCAACGCCGCCGGCAGUGACUUCUCCGGCUAUAAGAGCGGUGUUUUGACCCACAAUGACAUGGGAUGGACUGGCUCACACGCCGUUAUCAUCGUGGGCUGGGGUACC